CUCUUCCGAGUAAAAGAGGGCACAUCUCUCAUCUACCUCCCAAAGCUGGGCGCCACGGCCCACUUCCCAUCAUAAAUGUGUCGCUUUGCUACUCUCUUUCUUCCUCUCUCUCUCUGAGACACACAGGCAAUCGCUUUCUUCUACCAACCAAAGGCGGUGAGGGGGCAGCGAGUCAGGAGCAGUGGUGCAGUGAGGUGAGGUGAAGAGACGAAGGGGCGCAGAGGAGUACCGAUGCUGGAUCGGGAAGGGCAGGGAGCUCCGCCCCAUGGGGUUCUGCUAGCGGUGGUGGUGGGGGUGGUGGUGGCGGCGCCGUUCCUCGUCGGUGGAGGCGGGGAGGCCAUAACGGGGGCCAUCUCCGACGUCCUCAGCCCGACGGGGCUUCUGCUGCUCCCGGUCGUCCUCGUGCUGGUGAUUCGGUUCCUGUCUUCCGACCGCGGCGCCGUCCUCUCGGACAUCUUCGCCGCCGGCUCCCCGGACUCCAUCCACCGCGUCGGGGGCUCCCCCGUCGGCGUGGCGCUCCUGCUGCUGCUGAUACUUUUCCUCCUCUACUACCGCUUCUCCAUCUUCGGCGGGGAGGACGACUCCGACGAGUAGCAGCAGGGGACGGACCGUGCUAAAAUUACCGUAGCACCCCUGGCUCUUCUUCCGGGAUCAGAGUUAUCAUUUCGUGUUAUUUGCAUGAGUGUGUGAUAAAAUAGAUAGAUGUGUAUUUAUUUACUUACCUACCUGCUGCCUUCUUUUUGUUUGCUGGGAUUCGGUGGGUUUCUUUGGUAACGUCACAAGCAAGGCUGAGGCAGUUUCUUUACAUUUGGUGUCAUAAAUAAAUUGUUCACUAUACUAUCUAUUAAAUGAUAGAUGGAUGAUAUAAUAAAUAUGUUGUUGCACUAUUGUUACA